UGAAAUCUAAUAUUUUAUUUCUCUGUCUAUAUACGCACUCGUUCGUCUUUCCCUCCAUUCUCUUCAUUGUACUGGUGAGCGUUGAAGAACAAAAAACAAGGCAAAUUCUCUCUGCUACGAUUCUCCCAAAGAAGUAGAAAACCCUAAAUCUAAGACUUGAGGAGUUCCUAGUUUGACUGAAAGAUGGAGAAAGAAAUUGGAGGAUCCCCACCACCUCCAAUGCCUACCACUGUGAAGCCAGAGGUGGCAGAUAUGCCUAAACAUUCUAUCAUCAGCCGACACGGAUUUGGAACUAGUGGGCGUCGAAUUCCUUUACUCACCAACCACUUCAAAGUUUCUGUCAGGGUUUCAGAUGCUGUGUUUUACCAGUACACUGUUUCCAUUACUUCAGAAGACAAGCAAGUUGUUGAGGGCAAAGGAAUUGGGCGAAAACUAAUUGAUAGGCUUUACCAAACAUACUCAUCUGAACUUGGUGGUAAAAUGUUUGCUUAUGAUGGUGAGAAAAGCCUCUACACAGUGGGCCCUCUGCCACAAAACAAAUUUGAGUUCACUGUGUUGCUUGAAGAAUCAUUUGCAAAACAUCAAAACGGGAGCCCUGGUGGAGGUGGGAGCCCUGCUGCAGCUGCUAAGAGGUCAAAACGUUCUUUUCGUUCAAAGACUUUUAAAGUAGAAAUUAGCUACGCUACCAAAAUCCCCUUGAAGUCAAUUGCUCAAGCUCUCAAAGGAACUGAGGCAGAUAAUAGCACUCAAGAUGCUCUAAGGGUUUUAGAUAUUAUCUUGAGGCAGCAAGCAGCUAACAGAGGGUGCCUUUUAGUAAGGCAGUCAUUCUUUCAUGAUGAUCGAAUGAACUUUACUGAUAUUGGCGGGGGUGUAACUGGUUUACGGGGAUUCCAUUCCAGUUUCCGUACCACUCAGGGAGGCUUGUCCCUCAACAUGGAUGUGUCUACAACAAUGAUCUUGAGCCCUGGACCAGUUAUUGAUUUUUUGAUAGCAAAUCAGAAUGUUAGGGAACCUCGUUAUAUUGAUUGGGCAAAGGCAAAAAGGAUGUUGAAGAAUUUGAGGGUUAAGACAAGGCAUCGGAACAUGGAAUUUAAAAUCACAGGCUUGAGUGAGAAGCCCUGCAAUCAGCAAUUUUUUCCCAUGAAAGUGAAAGAUAAUGACAGUGCAAAGGAUGAAUCACAGAUUGAGGAGAUAACUGUGUAUGAUUACUUUGUCAGACACUGUGGAAUAGAACUCACUUAUUCAGCAUACCUGCCUUGCCUUGAUGUUGGCAAACCCAAAAGACCAAACUAUCUGCCACUAGAGCUUUGUUCACUUGUUUCACUCCAGCGUUAUACUAAAGCUCUAUCCCCAAUGCAAAGAGCAUCUUUGGUUGAAAAAUCUCGACAAAAGCCCCUGGACAGAAUAAAAACAGUGACUGAUGCUAUGAGAAACUACCAUUAUGAUGAUGAUCCUGUGCUUUCUGCAUGUGGUGUUAAAAUAGAAAAACAGUUGACACAGGUUGAUGGUCGAGUACUUGAGACUCCAAAGUUGAAGGUUGGAAAUAGUGAGGACUGUUUGCCACGUAAUGGACGGUGGAACUUUAAUAACAAGACACUUUGGAAAACCACUAGCAUUGAGCGCUGGGCUGUUGUUAAUUUUUCUGCUCGCUGUGAUACUAGUCAAAUAUCUCGUGAUCUUAUUAACUGUGGAAGGAAAAAGGGCAUUCAAAUUGAACGACCACAUACCUUAAUUGAGGAGGACCCACAAACUAGAAGAGCCAGUCCUUUUGCUAGAGUAGAAAGGAUGUUUGAGCAGAUCAGAGAUAAGCUUCCAGGUUCUCCCCAAUUUAUUUUAUGUGUCUUGCCAGAGAGGAAAAAUUCUGACAUUUAUGGACCAUGGAAGAAGAAAUGUUUGAGUGAUUUUGGUAUUGUAACACAGUGCAUUUCACCAACUAGGAUUAAUGACCAAUAUCUUACUAACGUACUUCUUAAGAUCAAUUCUAAGCUUGGAGGAAUAAAUUCUUUGUUGGCAAUUGAGCAUUCCAAGCAUAUUCCUCUCGUAAUGCAUAUUCCUACAAUGAUUUUAGGCAUGGAUGUGUCUCAUGGUUCUCCUGGCCGUGCAGAUAUUCCAUCAGUAGCCGCGGUUGUUGGAUCUCUAUAUUGGCCACUGAUUUCAAGGUAUAGAGCAUCUGUAAGAACUCAAUCUCCUAAGGUGGAGAUGAUUGAUGCUCUAUUCAAGCCUUUGGCUGAUGGGACAGAUGAUGGCAUUAUGAGGGAGCUGCUAGUUGACUUCUACCGUACGAGCAAUGGGCACAAACCCAAACAGAUCAUUGUGUUCAGGGAUGGGGUGAGCGAGUCACAGUUUAAUCAGGUUUUGAACAUUGAAGUGGAGCAAAUCAUAAAGGCCUAUCUGCAUCUUGGGGAGGUUGAUGUUCCCAAGUUCACAGUAAUUGUUGCUCAGAAAAAUCACCACACGAAGCUAUUUCUAGACAGUGGUCCUGAAAAUGUUCCAGCAGGGACUGUUGUGGAUACCAAGAUAGUACAUCCUAGAAACUAUGAUUUCUAUAUGUGUGCUCAUGCAGGGAUGAUUGGAACUUCAAGGCCUGCACACUAUCAUGUUUUGCUUGAUGAGAUUGGUUUCUCUGCCGAUGACCUGCAAAAUCUUAUCCACUCUCUCUCAUAUGUGUACCAAAGGAGUACAACCGCUAUCUCAGUUGUGGCUCCUGUGUGCUAUGCUCACCUGGCUGCACAACAGAUGGGUCAAUUCAUGAAGUUUGAGGAUUUGUCUGAAACCUCUUCAGGACAGGGAAGCAUGAGUUCUGCAGGGCCUGUUGCCAUUCCAGAGCUCCCUAGGUUGCACGAAGAUGUUGCAGGUUCUAUGUUCUUCUGCUGAGCUACUGCUCUGCAAUUCUUGGUAAAUAGUAAUUUUGGUUCUGUUACCUAGUGGAAACCCUAUAUCAAAUUUCUUGGUAAUGUUUCCUUGUGCAGCCUAGGCUUUCUGCUAACGUCUUUCUGGCAUUUUUGAGUCCAUUACUAGAUGAUAAUCUGUCGCCUUCUGCAUUUUCCACAACUAAAUACUUUUUUAAUACCAUGAAAGAUCAAUUUGCCUUUAAGAGCUUAUCCUGAUCUUUCAAAUGGAGAUAGAAAAGGUUGAGAGAGGGCUAGAGUUUGUCCACAGCAGUCGAGGAUUUUAGGUAGCGGAAUGUAUACAUUUUUAUACAAUGCCAUGUUUGGCUAACAGUGAAUUCUAAAAUGGAAUGCAAUUUUUGGAGGGUUUUUUUUUU